AUGCGCAUUGUCGAAAUGGAGAACGCUUGCGACCUUCACACCUACUGCUUGAAGCGCGAACCUUGGUGUUUCCACAAGGUGUCGUUCCUCAUUGACCGCCUUCACUACAAGAACCAUGUCAACUGCUCAUCUGACUAUCGUAUUGACAAUUUCCCUUUCCUGCACGACCUUCGCACAGUUGCUUAUGAAAUCGUCAAAGCUACACCAAAAUCGGUGACACGACAAGCUGGCUUCAUGGGAGCGGAUCGGCUUUUGCUCUUUACGAAGCACUACAUCAAAUCAGUCAACCAAAGACGUGUCAAGCGUGUACAACAUGAAAUGCAACUAGCCGGAUUGAAACGCGAAGUGUGGAAAUCCAUGAAUGUAUUGAUUCAACGGAUGCAAGUGGUCAUGUUAGAGGAAAUCGAAGCGCCUUGCACAACGAGCAACCCUUGCGUAUUCUGUCUCUGA